AUUUUUAAAAGAACCAUGAAGAUAUCUGACUCACACCAGCUGUUUGUCUGUAUACGGUUACUCUGUUAGUAAAUGUACGAUGCCUUAAGAUAACUUUGCUUUUUGUUAUUUUGCUAUUCAUUUGAGGAAAAGCGUGGUGUCGGCAUCGGUUUAUGUUGUAACUUCAAAUUAAGCUGCUUUAUCACUCAGUUUUUUUACUUUUCGCUAGCAAGACUGCUUCUCCGUAGCGUCAAAUGUAGCCGAACAGUUUACUUGUAGUUUACUUGAACGACACAAGUUAACAGUAAAUGUAUUUUUAAAAAAAUAACCGCUAACGUCAGUAUUGCACUCCACAGAUAAUUUAUUGUCAGUUUCUUUUAUAGCGUUUUCAUGAAGGGAUUCUGGUUGACAGUAGCUGAUAACUUUGUGUAACAUUAUCUGCCACGAUAAAAGCUAUAGUAACGUUACUUUUUAUAGUCGGUGGUUAACGUAAUCUCCGGUUAUCUCUAUCCCGGGGAAACGUUACUAUUGGUCUAGCUACAGUUUUCAUUUGGUAGCCUUAAAGGAAAAAAACAUAUCCUAUUAGCCAAGCCACUACAUUCAGAGGCACACCUGUCCUGUCAGUCAGGUUUCUGCAAUGGAAUGAAUGUUUAGAUUUUGAAUUCGAGGUGGGGGAGAAUGAGCUGAGGUAAUAGUAGAUGAGGAGACCAGAGCUAUAUUUAAUGCCAGCAAUGGAGGCUCAGUGUGCUUGUUGACAAAACAAAGGCAGUGUAGUUUGAAAAUGUUAUGAAGCCUGUUUAGUGUCCCGACGCCAGCGUAGGAGUAGUCAGACGGGACCUUAAACUAUCUGGAGUUCAUCUUAAUAUGACUCCUGGACUAUAUGAAACCUGAUUUGUCAGUGCGUGCAAACGGAGUGGAGGAGGGCACAUUGUCUCAGCUAAAUAUAUAUCUAAAGGUUACCAUACAUCUAGUUAGUCAUACAGUGUUGACAGUACGUCCCCUGUCUCAUUCACUCAAAACUCCCCACCCUUUUGUUUGUGGUAAGAUUAUUCUGAUAACAGAGCCAUACUGUAACUGCAGUGAUGAAAGACAAACAAAGAGCACAAUAGGAAUGGAAGAAAUGCGACGUUAUUCAAAGAAGAAGAAUGUUCUUUUGGCAGUGCUCCUUCUCAUUGGGGGAUUAUACUUCAUUAGCCACCCCAACUUCCUUAUUUCUGGCCUGACAGGGUCACAUGAGCAGAUUCCAAAUGAGUUAUCUUGGCAAGCGGAGCGAUUGGUCAGCAAGGAGUCCUGGGUUGAACAGGGAGUUUACCUACCUCUCAAUGUGUCUUAUCAACUGCUUGCUGGAGCACCAUCUACUCAACAGAGGUAUUUAUCUGUUGGAUUAUCAUCAGUAAAGAGGAAGAAGGGCAGCUAUUUAAUUCCCACCUUGAAGUCCCUCUUCUCCCAGUCAUCUCCUGAGGAGCGCUCCUCCAUGGUGGUGGUAGUGCUGCUAGCAGAUUUUGACGUCAGCUGGAGAGUGGCUACAGUGAGCGAGAUCAAGACUGUAUUUGCCUCCGAGCUGGAACAAGGCCAGCUGGUGGUCCUCCAUGUUCCUCAGGAUUUGUACCCUCCACUUACAGGUCUAAAGAGGAACUACAAUGAUGCUCCAGAAAGGGUAUCAUUCCGCUCCAAGCAGAACUUGGAUUACUCCUUCCUGAUCCACUACAGUGCCAGUCUUGGUCAGUACUACCUCCAGCUGGAGGAUGACGUCUCCUCUGCCAAAAACUUCCUGACCACCAUCAGGAGGCACAUUGAGGAGCAAGAGGUGAAGAAGACCACUUGGGCAAUGCUGGAAUUCUCAGCCUUGGGCUACAUUGGGAAACUCUACAAAUCGGCCCACCUUCCUCUCCUGGCCCGCUUCCUCUUCCUCUUCUACCAAGAAAUGCCCUGUGACUGGUUGAUGGGUCACUUUCGAGAGUUGCUGACUCAGAAAAAGCCAAUCCUCUUUAAACCCUCGCUGUUCCAACACAUGGGGACUUUCUCGUCGUUCCAAGGGACAUACAACAAGCUGAAGGACAAGGACUUUGAGGAGGGGUUCUACAGUAAUCCGCCAGCUGAAGUUUACACUGAUAUGUCCACCUAUCAGAAACACUUACCCAAACUGGCCUGGGAUGCUGGGGAGGGAUUCUUCUGGGGACGCUCCCCUGAAAAAGGAAAUUACCUGACUGUGGUGUUCACCGACCCUACAGUAGUGACAGGGAUAUUUGUAGAAACAGGGUCAGGUGGUAAAGACCUCCUGGAGUCUGCUCAGGUGGAAAUAGGCCACGACGUGGUUACCAUCGAGAAAGGGGAGAGGAGUUGUAGAGAGUUCCAGCCACUGGGGACAUUAGAGAAUGGGAGGUUUGAGAUGCAGGAGAUGGACAGAAAAUAUAGCUCUGCCUCGUCCUGUCUGAGAAUACAAGUCACAGCAGGGCAGAAGGACUGGGUGAUCAUUAGGAAAAUCAGGAUCACAAAAAAGCUUAAUAUGCUUCCAACCCAAGUGUAGGUGUGACUUUCUCUUCCUCUCAGAUUAAUAAUUUAUUUUUGUCUGCCAGACCUUGUAUGCAUAUUGAACUUGUGACUUUUGUGCCUUGUUAAAGUUUCAUUCAGUGCUUAAUGAAACUGUGUAAAGCUACUGUCAAUAUGAAGAAAAUAUUUGACCAAGCCCUGGGAUGUGCAGAGAUUUGAAAUGAUAAAAGUUCCUUUUUGCAAUAAGAAGCAGUUGCAUGUGUUCUAUAUUUGUAUUUAUUUAACUAAACAUCAUGAUCCAGACUGAUUUUAAGACCCGUGCACACUAGAGGUGGCUAUUUGUAUUGUCCAUUGUUUCUAACUGUUUCUAAGCGGUGAGGUGUGGAGGAGGGAAUAACUGACUGAAAUUCAUGUGGUUUUAUAAUGAUGAGUCAUGGGGACAAGGGCAUUCUGUGUUGUGAGUGUGCUGUGGUUCAUUUCUCAAAACAUGGAAGGCAGCGUUAUACUGUCAGAUACAAUAUCUUUAAUCAGAACACACACAUAGUUUUCCCAGAAUUUAAGAGGAUGCCUAUUCAAACUACUGGCUGACAAAUACACGGACCAACGGUCACAGAGGAGAGAACAAUAGCUUAUUCUUUUGUGAUGUUAAAUGUUGCUGGAACUCUUAUUGUUACUCUGGUCAGCUCAGGGGGAGGUGGGGUGACUUCUGACAGCAAUCACUGAGUCAUACAUCCAUAUUUUUAAAAAAAGAAGUUGUUGAAGUUUUUAUAAAUAUCUUUUUUUUAUACAUUGUCUUUUCAUGAUUUAUGAGUUUGAGGCACUUUCAGUAUAAUCAGCCUUGCUAAAAUAAGUAAGAACUGGUAGAGUUACAAUGCAUUUAUUUUUGUAGGUAUUGUUUUCAUCCACUAGAGAAUUAAAUAAGUUCACUGGUC